AAGGGGAUAAAUCGGGGAUGUUUCUUAUGAAGGGUGAAAAUUAAACUCCUGUAAAAAAAAAGGGUGUUACAAUAACCGGUCAAACCUUGAUAUAUUAUAUAUUUUUUAAUCCAUCAUCUUAUUCAUGUUUUUGCUCAAACAGUGUCAUACUCAUACAAUCAUUUUGACAUUUUUCCUCUAUAUAUACUAGUCAGCCACUACACUUUCCUCCAUCCAAUGACAAAAAAAAUUAUGUGUCAUCUCAAAAACUAAGCAAGGGAAUAGAGCUACAAAAAAACCAUCUUCAUAGAUCCAACAAAUAAUUUGAUAUAGAAAAUGGAAGGAAGAAAAUCCCUUCGUUUCUUAUGUGCAUCGCUAGGAGUUGUACUUCUUUUCAUUUUUAUAUUCAACAGCAACUCAAACCUUUUAUUUUUUGGUAACUUCAAAACUAUUAAUGAUGCACAUAAGGAGCUACUUAAGCUCUACCAUCAUAACCACGACCACAACCACGACCACAUAACUGAUAUCCCGUGUCAUCCCUUGGACCCACUCACGGUCCAAGAGAUGAACCGGGUGCAGGCAAUCUUGUCCACCCACUUGUUAUUCGUGUCAGCUAAGGCUUACGCGCUCCACUCAGUGGUCUUGGAGGAGCCACUAAAGCCACGUGUCAUGAGGUGGAUGGAGGGAAAUCCGCUACCACCAAGAAAGGCAUCUGUCAUCGCACGUGUGGAUGGUGUGUCGCACGUGUUCAGCGUUGACUUGGGGACAGGUCAGGUGAACCGGGUUGAUACGGGCCCGUUAUCCGGGUACCCGAUGAUGACUAUUGAGGAUACGAACAUGACCAAGUAUACUCAACUAGUGGGUUCUCAGUUGAACCGGACCAUUUUGGAGCGUGGAGUUGAUUUGGCAGACUUGGCUUGUGUUCCCUUGUCUACAGGGUGGUACGGCAAGAAAGAGGAAAACAGAAGAUUGCUUAAGAUCCAAUGUUUUUCUAUGAAGGGCACUGCUAACUUCUAUAUGAGGCCCAUUGAAGGUCUAACUGUGGUCGUUGAUAUGGACACCAAUCAAAUUCUAGAAGUUUCUGAUAAUGGAAAGACAAUCCCAAUUCCCAAGGCAACCAACACAGAUUACCGUCUCUCAGCCCAAAAGAAAGCCCACAAUAAAAUUAAGCCCAUUAACCCAAUGUCUAUUGAGCAGCCCAAAGGCCCAAGCUUCACUAUAGAGAAUGGUCACAUGGUUAAAUGGGCAAAUUGGGAAUUUCACCUCAAACCCGACCCAAGAGCCGGGGUGAUAAUAUCCCGGGCCAUGGUCCGGGAUACGGGCACUGGGAAGCUUAGAAAUGUGAUGUACAAAGGGAUGGCCUCAGAGUUAUUUGUUCCUUAUAUGGAUCCGACUGAUGCAUGGUAUUUUAAGACGUAUAUGGAUGCGGGCGAAUACGGGUUCGGGUUGCAGUCUAUGCCUCUUGAGCCACUUAAUGAUUGUCCUAGGAAUGCACACUACAUGGAUGGUGUAUUUGCUGCUAGCGAUGGGACACCAUAUGUCCGAUCAAAUAUGGUUUGUGUCUUUGAAAGAUAUGCGGGUGAUAUUGCAUGGCGACAUUCAGAGAGUCCAAUCACCAAUAUGAAAAUUCGUGAGGUAAGGCCAAAGGUGACAUUAGUGGUGAGAAUGGCAGCAUCAGUAGCUAACUACGAUUACAUUGUGGACUGGGAAUUUCAAUCUGAUGGACUUAUCAAGAUCAAGGUGGGACUAAGUGGCAUAGUGAUUGUAAAGGCCACACAACACAAGAACUUGAACCAAAUUCCAAACCAAGAGACCUUAAAUGGUAUCUUAUUAGCUGAAAAUGUUAUUGGUGUAAUACAUGAUCAUUACAUCACAUUCUACCUAGAUAUGGAUGUGGAUGGGUCAGAUAAUUCUUUUGUAAAGGUGAACAUGCAAAGGCAACUAACCUCUCCUGGUGAGUCACCUCGUCAGAGUUACAUGAAAGCCAAAAGAAAUGUUGCUAAGACAGAAAAAGAUGCACAAAUCAAGUUCAAACUUUAUGACCCAUAUGAAUUCCAUAUGGUUAAUCCAAAUAAGUACACCCAAGUAGGAAACCCGGUCGGGUACAAGUUGGUCCCUGCUGGUACCGCGGGUAGCCUACUCGAACCCGAGGAUUCGCCCCAAAAGAGAGCUGCUUUCACCAAUAACCAAAUAUGGGUCACCCCAUAUAACCGUAGCGAAGAAUGGGCCGGUGGAUUGUUUGUUUGCCAAAGUCAUGGGGAAGAUACCCUCGCAAAAUGGUCUGAAAGGGACAGGCCAAUAGAGAACAAGGAUAUUGUGUUAUGGUACACUUUAGGGUUUCAUCAUAUACCAUGUCAAGAGGAUUUUCCAAUUAUGCCAACGGUGUCAUCAAGCUUUGAUUUGAAGCCUGUUAAUUUCUUUGACGAAAAUCCUAUCCUUGGAAUGCAACAACCAUACUCCGAAAAAGAUCUACCAAUUUGUCAAGCAGCUGCUUCAUCUUGAGAGUAAACGAAUUUUGAGCCACGAAGGCGGUACAAUGCUUAAGUCUAUAUUGUUGUACAAUUGUGCAACAUGCAAGACAUACAAUUCCAGUAUUACAUUUUGUAUAUAUUGAUGGCAUAUAAUAGCAUGUUCAAUGAUUUUUUUUUGCAUAUAUGCUAAGAGCUAGUAAUUACACAAGUAUUUUUCUUCAGUAGUGUUGUUUAUACUUCUAUAUAGUCUGUGAAUUAUGGUAUGUUGUAUGAUUGUUUAGUUUGUAUUAUUUGCAAAAAAAUCAAUCCAAGUGAUAAAUUAUAUUCCA